AUGAAACCUGUGGCAUCUGGCAAACUUCAGAUCAAUAAAAGCAAGUUUUAUGACCAACGCUCCAGUGAAGCUUAUGGUAGUUCAUGGAAUUUCAGUCUAAAAAACCAAAGGAAAUCAUUUGAAAAGAGAAUUGGCAAUUUAGAAAAAGAUUACAAAAGGAACGGAGCUCAUAUUCGUAACAGAAGAUAUGAACAGGGAAAUUACAGCUUUAAAAUAAGCCAGUAUAAUGAAGAAUUAAAUUCUCCUACUGUAACUCCUCCUAGACCUCCCCAAAGGUUUGCCUGGUACAAACCCAUGAAGGGCCCUGGCUUCCAUUCAAAUCUUUCUCAGCACGGACAGAAUACCAGUAUCAGGAGCUUAAAACCAUUUAAGAAAAUGAGUCUUAAGCAAAUUAUGGCGAAUUUACAAUAAAACUGAGAAAAU